AUGCCUUUUGGCUUAAAGAAUGCAGGUGCCACUUAUCAAAGGGCGAUGCAGAAGAUUUUUGAUGAUAUGCUUCACCAACAUGUUGAAAGCUAUGUUGAUGACCUCGUGGUGAAAUCAAAAGAAAAGGAAAAUCAUUUGCAGGAUCUUCGUUUGGUGUUUGAACGGUUACGUCGAUUCCAACUAAAAAUGAACCCAUUGAAAUGUGCAUUUGGUGUGUCCUCAGGCAAAUUCCUAGGGUUUAUAGUUCGACAUCGAGGAAUUGAGAUUGAUCAGUCUAAGAUCGAGGCCAUUCUAAAAAUGCCGGAGCCAAGAAACAUCCAUGAGUUGAAGAGUCUCCAAGGAAAGUUGGCCUAUAUACAGAGAUUUAUUUCUAACUUAGCGGGCCGAUGUCAACCAUUCACCCACUUAAUGAAGAAGGAUACAUCAUUCUAUUGGGAUAAAGCUUGUACUAAUGCCUUCAACAAGAUAAAAGAAUACUUGUUGAACCCACCUGUCCUUCGAGCACCGGUACAGGGACGUCCACUUAUCCUCUAUAUUGCGGCUCAAAUAUGUUCCUUAGGAGUGUUGUUGGCACAACAAAAUGAUGAAGGCAAGGAAAGUGCUCUCUACUACCUUAGUAGGACAUUAAAUGGGGCUGAACUGAAUUAUUCCCCAAUAGAGAAGACAUGUCUAGCAUUGAUGUUUGCAAUAAAGAAGUUAAGGCAUUACCUCCAAGCACAUUCAGUAAGAUUAAUCUCCCGAGCCGACCCCCUCAAGUACAUCAUCUCAAGACCAGUAUUAUCAGGAAGAUUGGCAAAAUGGGCUUUAUUGCUUCAAGAAUUUGAAAUUGUCUACGUCUCACAAAAAGCUAUCAAGGGGCAAGCACUGGCUGAUUUUCUGGUUGAUCAUCCCAUUCCCGAUGAAUGGAAGUUCUCUGAAGACCUACCUGAUGAGGAUGUUCUGUUUAUUGAACUGUCAGAACCAUGGAAAAUGUUCUUUGAUGGCGCAGCACGACAAGAUGGAGCCGGUGCUGGGGUUAUAUUCAUCACACCAGAAGGGGAGGUUUUGCCUUUCUCCUUUUCACUUACCAAAUGUUGUUCUAAUAACAUGGCUGAAUAUCAAGCUUUGAUUCUUGGGUUGGAAAUGGCAGUGAAUAUAAAAAUGUCUCGCCUUAAAGUUUUUGGUGAUUCUCAAUUAGUCAUCAGACAACUCCUCUCACUAUAUGAAGUCAGGAAGCCAGAAUUCAUCCCAUAUCACAAGUAUGCACUUAAACUAAUAACAUCACUUGAUUGUGUCACUUUAGAACAUGUACCGCGAAAAGAGAAUAAGCAAGCCGAUGCCUUGGCAAAUCUGGCGUCAACACUAGCAUCAUGUAGUGAGGAGAUAAAAGUCCCUGUAUGUCAAAGAUGGGUCGUUCCACCACUAAGCCAUGACAUAGAAGUGAAAGAACAAGUGGGCGUAGUUUCUGUCUACGAGAUUGAAAGAGAAGACUGGCGUCAGCCGCUUAUCGAUUAUUUGAGACAUCGAAAACUACCUAAAGACUUACGCCAUAAGACAGAGGUGAGGCGAAGAGCUUCUCGCUUCAUAUACUUCCAAGACACUCUUUAUCGACGCUCUUUUGACGGAAUCUUUUUGUGCUGUCUCGGAGAAGAAGAAGCAACAAAAGCACUAGAAGAAACUCACUCAGGGAUUUGUGGAGCGCACCAAUCAGGCCCUAAACUUCACUUCUGGAUCAAAAGAAUGGGAUAUUACUGGCCAACAAUGGUGAAGGAUUGCAUAGACUAUGCUAGAAAAUGUCAAAGUUGUCAAUUGCAUGCUAAUUUGAUCCACCAGCCACCCGAGCCUUUACACCCGACAGUUGCCUCUUGGCCCUUUGAUGCUUGGGGACUUGAUGUGGUAGGACCAUUGCCGAAAAGCUCCGGGGGGCAUCUUUACAUAUUGGCUGCAACAGAUUACUUCUCCAAGUGGGCAGAAGUUGCAGCAUUAAGAGAGGUCAAGAAAGAGACAGUUGUAAGCUUCAUCCGAACAAACAUCAUUUACCGUUAUGGGGUACCAAGAUACAUCAUAACCGAUAACGGAAAGGAAUUCUACAAUACAGCCAUGAACAAGUUGUGUGCACAGUUCAGUUUCAAACAACAUAACUCUUCUAUGUACAAUGCUCCGGCUAAUGGUUUGGCGGAAGCCUUUAACAAGACUUUAUGCAACAUUCUCAAGAAGGUGGUGAAUCGCUCAAAGAAGGACUGGCAUGAGAGAAUUGGGGAGGCGCUAUGGGCUUAUCGUACUACAUUCCGAACACCAACUCAAGCUACUCCAUACUCCCUGGUAUAUGGGGUUGAAGCUGUUCUUCCACUAGAAUGUCAAAUUCCAUCUUUAAGAAUUGCGAUCCAAGAAGGACUUUCCAGUGAAGACAAUGUUCGCCUACGCCUUGAAGAGCUUGAAGCUUUAGAUGAAAAACUUCUUGAGGCACAACAACGACUAGAAUGUUAUCAAGCACGACUUUGUAGAGCUUUCAACAAGAAGGUGCGACCACGCUCCUUUCAAGAAGGGGAUCUUGUCUUGGCAGUACGACGCCCGAUAAUCAUGUCAAAACGCAUGGGCAGCAAGUUCCUCUCCAAAUGGGAUGGCCCUUAUGUGGUUCAAGAAGUCUACACCAAUGGAGCUUACAAGAUUGUUGAUGAGAAUGGAUUGAGGAUUGGGCCUAUCAAUGGCAAAUUCUUGAAAAGAUACUAUGCUUGA